AUGGAUCCAUUAUUCAGAAGUACUUUUGAUGGCACAAUUUCUGUUGAAAAUGUGUAUGUACCAUCCCCAUUAGGACCACCAUACCAGUCACCAUACACCAAACCAGUCUGCUUCCACAAAAGCUGUACACGAGCUGUUCCAGUAGGACUUUGGACAUCCACUUUAGGUGGUGAAGAUGAGCGGAACAUGGAUGUAAUAAAA